ACCACGGGGGUAUCAGCACAGGAUAGGGCAACAACAGUGUUGGCACUUGCUUCCAGAAAUUCCAAGCCUGAGGAUUUCAACCGUCCUGGCCAUAUUUUUCCAUUGAAGUACCGGGAAGGUGGUGUUUUAAAAAGAGCUGGACAUACGGAAGCUUCCGUCGAUCUUGCUAUGUUAGCUGGGUUGGAUCCAGUUGGAGUACUCUGUGAAGUUGUGGAUGAUGAUGGUUCAAUGGCUAGAUUACCAAAGCUUCCCCAACUUGCCCAGGAGGAGAACUUGAAAAUUAUAUCGAUUGCUGAUUUAAUAAGGUACAGGAGGAAGAGAGACAAAUUAGUGGAGCAUUCUUCUGCAGCAAUGAUUCCUACUAUGUGGGGCCCAUUCACAGCUUACUGUUAUAGAUCAAUCUUGGAUGGGAUUGAGCACAUUGCGAUGGUUAAGGGUGACAUUGGAGAUGGACAAGAUAUUCUUGUGAGGGUACACUCAGAAUGCCUUACAGGAGACAUAUUUGGAUCUGCCAGAUGUGACUGUGGAAAUCAGCUAGCCCUUGCAAUGCAGCAGAUUGAGGCUGCUAGUAGGGGUGUGUUGGUUUACCUCCGUGGGCAUGAAGGAAGGGGAAUUGGUUUGGGUCACAAGCUUCGUGCUUAUAACCUACAGGAUGCUGGUCGUGAUACAGUGGAAGCAAAUGAGGAGCUGGGGUUGCCUGUUGAUUCAAGAGAAUAUGGCAUUGGUGCACAGAUAUUGAGGGAUCUGGGUGUUGAACAAAUGAAGUUGAUGACAAACAACCCCGCAAAGUAUGUUGGACUCAAGGGUUAUGGUUUGGCAGUUGCUGGCAGGGUUCCCCUGUUAAGUCUCAUUACAAAGGAAAACAAGAGAUAUCUGGAGACAAAACGUGCUAAAAUGGGACAUAUGUAUGGAUUAGACUUCGAUGGUCUGGUAGGUAGUCUUACCACUUCCACCAUUAAAAGCGCUGAAAACCAAAGUGGGGAAGUGUUCCAGUCAUAGACACAAAUAUUUGCUACAUAAAUCACAACAUACCAUUCUAUCAUGAAUGAUACUGGUGAAUGCAGGAGACAGGGAAGUAUUAGGAAUUCCAUGGAUUAAAGAAAGCCCAUCUUUUAGUCAGAAGUAUUAUAAUAAGCUCAAAUCUGUAAUGUGGGUUUGUUGUCUAUGGAGUUAUUGUUUUAAAAUUAAGUUUCGGUAUCUGAUGCCAUUUGUUCUUUCUUUUCCUUUGUAAAGAGUAAAAUAAGCAAUUCCAUUGAAUUCAGUUCUUGAAUUGCAUAAUUGUCCCUCUGCCGAGAAGUCUAAUUUCUGUAUUGGAUCUUCUGUUCGUUAAUGAAAAAACUUAAAGAUUUAUCAUGUUUAA